CGGUCUCGGAAAGGUCGUGUCUCAGAGUCGAAGUUGCUGUUGACGCGAGGUCGUGCCAGAACGCCGGUGGCAUGAACGAGCUCACGUUCACGGAAGAGAUGGAGAUCCUCGAGAUCAUCCAAGGCCACAGCGCGUCCAUGGGCUUCCUCUCGACCUUCCUCUCGACUGAUCCAUUGCCGCCGCCGACCGCAGCGAUCGCGCCAGCCAAGCCGCCGCGCCGGGCGCGCACCAACCCCAAGGCCGAGAUCGAGUACCUUCGCACCAAGGAAAAGUCGCUGCGCCGCCAGCUCAAGCACAUGCACGAGAACCAAGCCAAGCAAUCGAUUAGCAGCGCGUGGAAGGGCCGCGCGAUCCAGCAGGCGCGCUGUGCCCAGCGCUCGAUGCUGGAAAACAACCGCCUCAAGGAGGCCGUCGAGACCCAACUGCAGUUUGUCGAGGCGCUUGAACGCGUCUUGGAGAAGCAGCCCAAGCUCUCGACGUUUGCGACGACGCAUGGCCACGCGCUAUGGAAGCAGGCCGUUCUGAGCACGUCAUCGCGCGAGUCGGAUCUGGAGCUGCUGCUGCAGGGCCAGCGCGACAAGCUCGAGUCGGCGUGGAUCCAGCACCGCUUGCACGAUGCGAUUGCACAGCGCGAGACGGUCCAAAAGACGUUUGUCGACUAUAGCGCGGACGUCGGGAUGCGCAUCAACUUUGUCCGUGGCGGCCUCAUUCCGCUGAGUCUCGACGAAAUGAGCGAUCUGCUGUGGACCCACGUGACGACGCCGCUGGACGCGUCGUGCUCCUUGCUCCAAACCUUUCAUAGCGACCUCGUCUACACACGGCAAGAUAUCAAGCUCGCCGACCCGGCCAUCCCAAUACUCGAGACGCGCGUAGCCAUUCGCCGCUACAAAGAAGACGGCCGCACGGUGAUGGUGUGGCGGUCGAUCGUGGACGACCAUUUGCUGCCCCAUGAGGAGGGCCAUCUCAUUGACAACCGUGUGACCUGGGUCACGUUGCAUCCAGUGGACGCGCACCAGUGCUACAUCUCGUCCCACGCGGUGAUUUUCACGCCGCUGUUUCCAGCCAACGUGCCCGAACGGCAGCCGGCGAUUGGCUCAUGGACGGAGCUUCUCUUGCGCGCUUCGGACGAGCUCACCGAGAAGUUUAGUGCGGCGCUCUUCGCUGCGGUCAUGAGCCGCCAAAUCGCCCUCCAGGCGUGAUACUGUACCAUUGAGAACGACAUUUAUAUAGACCAAAAGGCCUUGUUUGUACACUGGCAUCGCGAUAACUCGACCAGCAUCAUUUAUAUGCGUCCGCACG